GUCAUUCGGUACGCUACAGUCGUGGUCGCUUUACAUCAUUUACAUAAUUUAAUAUUGACUUUAUAUUUCGGUCAGUUCCUGGAAUGUUUGAAAGUGACGCUUCUUUAUACACAAUAACCAUGAUGGAGUCCGAGCCCAUAUUCGUGAAUGGGAGGAAAUAUUUUUCCAGGAAUUUUUUCCUGUGGGAAACUGAAAUUAUUUGUCUCUUGUCUUAAAUACUUUUUCUGUACAUUCUAUUACUUGAAAAACUAAUUCAGGACUUGCUCAGACUUAUGUGAUUUGUGUUUAGCUGAGGGAAAAGUGUUUGAAAUGGACGCAAUAAGCGUAAUAGCAGAAAGUCUGCUCACAAUUGACGAGGAAGCUCGUGAACUAAUUGCCCUGAAGAGAGAAGUGAAGAAGGAAAAAGAUGAUGAGUCACAGGAGAUUAAUGAACAAAGCUACUCUAAGAAAGAGAUGGAGAAAGGAGAAAAUAAGGAGCUUGAGCCACCAGCCACAGUAUUUCGUAAGGUGAAAAAAGAGAUUACAGAAGAACAUGAGGACUCUUUUGCAACGUGCAGGGAAGAUGUUUCCGAUGCUGUUGAAGAAUGUGAGGAGAGGCCUGGUACAGGGUGAAAACUUCCCGUGUUUAGUGUGCAGAAAUAGAGAUAGAGUGACAGGUGCCCACAAAUGCAUUAUUUGUAACAAAAAUGUACACCUAUUGGUUGAGUAUUCUCUACCAAUGCAAGGAGGAGGAUGUAGAGAAACAUGAAUUUGUGUUAAAUGUCUUGGCUUCAAGUGACAGUCAGUGUAGCAAAUAAUUUCAUUGAAUGAAAAAGACAAGACUGGAUUGGUCUUGUCUAGAAAUCUAAUGAAAAUGGAAGAAAAUAUUUCCAUACAUUAAUAGAGAUUUUCAUGAAACAGACUUCAUCAUUCACCCAAAGCUGACCAAAAUUCCAGUUUUAUGAAAUAGAAAUUAACAAGUCUGAAUGCUGCCGUAUUCAAAGGAAAAAUCACGUUUUAAGAAAUACAUGUGCCUUCAGUUGCUAUUUUAAAUGUUAUUGAGAGAAGAAAUAGACAAUCAGCUUGAAAAUUUGUCAGACAAACUAAUCUAUUGUUAAAAGUGAUCCUGAAUGCAAAAAAGAAAUUGGUAUUACAUCUAACACAUACAAGCAACGAGCAGAGUUAUUGAAACAUGAUAAAUUAUCUGUGUUAAAAGAGCUACUAGGAAAUUCUGCUCAACUUAGGUGUAUGCCAAAUUAAGGCAAAAAAGCAGAACACACAUUAAUUAAUCAAUCAUGACAAUAAACAAUCAUUCCAAUGAGGGUUGGAGAUGACUUUUUGCCAAAUCAAACUACUAUUACAGUACAAAGUAGCCUCCUAUCGUCAUCUCCAAAUUUCGGAAAGAAACUGCAAGAGGAAUUAACCAAUUUUUUCCAAGAAAAGAAUUGUAUCAAUGAGACCAGAUGCAGCAGUAAAUCAACUAAUAUUCACCACACACGCACAUCAGACAUGUUAUUGUAACAUAUAGUUUAUAAUUCUAAAUAACCAAUAAAAAUUGUAGUAAAUGAUAAAAUAACACUACCUUGGCCGCCAUUUUUAUUGCACGAGAUUUACACUGAAUCUCUUGUAUAUAAUAUAG